AUGCCAGUUAUGGGAGACCUUGGGACAACAAUGCCUAUCAACUUUCGACACACAGAGCAUCAAUUUCAGUUCUACGGGACGGAUGAUGAUUGUCAAUGCAACGUCAUUGCGUAUAAUCUCAUGGCCGGGUGCUUCUGGUGUCAAGAACCCAAUGCUUCGGUCUGGCCUUCAGUCAUCGAGUGGAGGAGUAGCUGCCAAAACUCUACCUUUAGUCAGACUGGCAUCUCUAUGCUGCACCGGGGAAUCUCAUAUCCUCUUUGGGCAAUAGUUGCGCCAAUAGGAACGACAUGGUCUCCGUCCGAGGCUUCCGAAAAUGCUCGUCUCGCAUCCAUCUCCAUGACUCGCUCGAAGCCCUUGGACGUGUAUGCCACAGACUCCUCAGAUUUCGAGGGCUCCUCGCUAAAUGAAGGUUGGACCUUGUCAAUCGUGUUAUUCAGUCUCGCAUAUGCUGCUGGCUUUUUCUUGCUUUUCGUCGGAUUAGCAUGGUGUAUUGUUCUGUGUAUCAUACGGAGCAGACAGCGUGACCGGAAGCGCUUGUAUGAUCAGAUGGCAUCAAGAUAUCCACUCGGCGGAGCCGUUGGGUCCCGUUCCCAAACAUUCCCAUUGAUGCAGGAUCAGCAAGCAAACCCACAGCUCACACCUGAAGCAUCGCAUCAGUCGGUCAAUUACCUGGUCGAAGAAGAUCAACAUGAUACUCAGUCAAAGGCUUCAGGAUUUGCGGGAUAUUGGCCUGGAUCCUUAAAGGGGAUAAACAGAUCUACUGCAGGCGGAGUACUCUCACCGGGUUCUCCUCUCCAGGAAGCGAUUGAGAUGAAAGAGGGUGUCAACAAGACAGGUCGAAGAAACCCAGAUACGAUGUAUGACGAGUAG